AUGCCCAGAUCCUUCCUGGUCAAGAAGGUCAAACUUGACACGUUCUCCUCGGCGGACCUCGAGAGCUCCUACGGGCGCGCCCGCAGCGACCUCGGAGUGCGACUGCAUGAGAAAGGAUACCUCAACGACUACGCGGGGCCCGCCUCCGUCUACGAUGGCGAUGCCGAGGCGGCCUUGCUCAAAGGGCCGUCCCCAGAGCCCAUGUACGCUGCGGCCGUGCGUGGAGAACUGGGCCCGGCGGCCGCGGGCUCGGCACCGCCUCCUACCCCGCGCCCAGAGCUGGCCACAGCCGCGGGCGGCUACAUCAACGGCGACGCGGCCGUCAGCGAGGGCUACGCGGCUGACGCCUUCUUCAUCACCGACGGGCGCUCGCGCCGUAAGGCCGCCAACGCCGCCGCUCCCUCCACGGCCUCUGCCGCAGCUCCCGACUGCGACGGCGGAGGCGGGGCCGGGGCGGGUGCGCGCGGCGCGGGGUCUGGGGCCGGGGGCCGGGGCGGCGCGCGCGGGGGGGUGAGCACGGAGGCGCGCGCGGGGCCCGGGGCUGGCGGCGCAGGGGGCCGGCACGCUUGCGGCGAGUGCGGGAAAACGUACGCCACGUCGUCGAACCUGAGCCGCCACAAGCAGACGCACCGCAGCCUGGACAGUCAGCUGGCGCGGCGCUGCCCGACGUGCGGCAAGGUGUACGUGUCCAUGCCGGCCAUGGCCAUGCACCUGCUCACGCACGACCUGCGCCACAAAUGCGGCGUGUGCGGCAAGGCCUUCUCGAGGCCCUGGCUGCUGCAAGGCCACAUGCGCUCCCAUACAGGCGAGAAGCCCUUCGGCUGCGCGCAUUGCGGCAAGGCCUUCGCCGACCGCUCCAACCUGCGCGCGCAUAUGCAGACGCACUCGGCCUUCAAGCACUUCCAGUGCAAGCGCUGCAAGAAGAGCUUCGCGCUCAAGUCCUAUCUCAACAAGCACUACGAGUCUGCAUGCUUCAAGGGCGGCGCUGGCGGCGGGGGCCCCGCGGCCCAGGCGCCCGCCGCUUCGCCGCGGCUCAGUCCUGUGCAGGCCUAG